CGUCCGCGAUGCGCACGGCUCCUAGGCAGGCAGGGACGCUCGGGCGAGGUAGGAGCGAUGUGGGCUGGGAACGCCUGGCGCGCCGCGCUCUUCGGAGUGCCCCGCGGCUGUCGCGCACAGUCAGCUUUGGCCCAGCUGCGCGGCAUUGUGGAGGGGGAGCUGGAAGGGAUCCGUGGAGCUGGCACUUGGAAGAGUGAGCGGGUCAUCACGUCCCGUCAGGGGCCGCACAUCCACGUGGACGGCGUCUCCGGAGGGCCUGGCACUGUCAUCUUUCCAGGCCCUUCCUUGCCCCACCUGAGCUGCUGUAUCCAUCUCCUCUCCUUCACCUCAGGAAUCCUUAACUUCUGUGCCAACAACUACCUGGGCCUGAGCAGCCACCCCAAGGUGAUCCAGGCAGGUCUGCAGGCUCUGGAGGAGUUUGGAGCUGGCCUCAGCUCUGUCCGCUUCAUCUGCGGAACCCAGAGCAUCCACAAGAAUCUAGAAGCAAAAAUAGCCCACUUCCACCAGCGGGAGGAUGCCAUCCUCUAUCCCAGCUGUUUUGACGCCAACGCCGGUCUCUUUGAGGCCCUGCUGACCCCGGAGGACGCAGUCCUGUCGGACGAGCUGAACCAUGCCUCCAUCAUCGACGGCAUCCGCCUGUGCAAGGCCCACAAGUACCGCUAUCGCCACCUGGACAUGGGUGACCUAGAAGCCAAGCUGCAGGAGGCCCAGAAGCAUCGGCUGCGCCUGGUGGCCACCGAUGGGGCCUUUUCCAUGGAUGGCGACAUCGCACCCCUGCAGGAGAUCUGCCGCCUCGCCUCUAGAUAUGGCGCCCUGGUCUUUGUGGAUGAAUGCCAUGCCACUGGCUUCCUGGGGCCCACAGGACGGGGUACGGAUGAGUUGCUGGGCGUGAUGGAUCAGGUCACCAUCAUCAACUCCACCCUGGGGAAGGCCCUGGGUGGAGCAUCAGGGGGCUACACGACAGGGCCUGAGCCUCUGGUGUCCCUGCUGCGACAGCGCGCCCGGCCCUACCUCUUCUCCAACAGUCUGCCACCUGCUGUUGUUGGCUGUGCCUCCAAGGCCCUAGAUCUACUCAUGGAGAGUAAUACCAUUGUCCAGUCUAUGGCUGCCAAGACCCAGAGGUUCCGUAGUAAGAUGGAAGCUGCUGGUUUCACUAUCUCAGGAGCCAGCCAUCCCAUCUGCCCUGUGAUGCUGGGUGAUGCCCGGCUGGCCUCUCGCAUGGCGGAUGACAUGCUGAAGAGAGCCUCUUAG